AUGAACUUGUGAGCGAAGCUGGCUGCAUAUAUUGCACUGAAGACCACACAUCUCUAUCUCUCUCUCUCUCAUGAGCCUACGCCCGUGCCAUUGAAGCGAAGGAACUGGGUAAAACCUAGAUAGCUAACAAGUUUGGCAGGUGAAUUAAAAAAGAAGUAGAAUCGGAAGAAAUGCCAGGAAGUGGACAAGUGAGAGUUCCUCCAGGUUUCCGGUUUCACCCAACUGAUGAGGAACUGCUUUACUAUUACCUGAGAAAGAAGGUCUCUUAUGAAGCCAUUGACCUUGACGUCAUCAGAGAAGUCGAUCUUAACAAACUUGAGCCUUGGGAUCUCAAAGAGAAGUGCAGAAUUGGAUCAGGGCCACAGAACGAGUGGUAUUUCUUCAGCCACAAGGACAAGAAGUAUCCGACAGGAACGAGAACAAAUAGGGCAACCACAGCUGGGUUUUGGAAAGCCACAGGGAGGGACAAGGCCAUUUAUGUCACUAAUUCCAAGAGGAUUGGCUUGAGAAAAACCCUUGUCUUCUACACUGGUCGUGCUCCUCACGGCCAAAAGACUGACUGGAUCAUGCAUGAGUAUCGUCUUGAUGAAGAAUACGACCUCCACGUUCAGGAAGAUGGGUGGGUAGUGUGCAGGGUUUUCAAGAAGAAGAACCUGAAUAGAGGUUGCCAAGCAACAGAAAUGGAAGAGGAAGAGUACUUAGCAACACAAAUGAUGAGAACAAAAAGUAGAUCAACCCAUCAGCAGGUAUUAGACCCAAAACAGCACUAUCAUCAUCAUCUUCAUCACAUGCAAGCACUAUAUGAUCAUAACUAUAGCCUUGAUGGAUCAAUCCAGCAUCUACCCCAAUUGCUCAGUCCUGAUCAACCUGCAGUAUUACCCGCCACUACUUCCAUGGACGAAGUAGUCCAGUGCUCUCAGAACUUGUUGAGGCUCACAGGCACAAGUGGGGGUAGUGCCUGCACUGGAUUAAAUCUCAAUCUCAAUAAUUACAAUGAAGAUCACUGGUCAUUCUUGGACAAGCUUCUUGCUUCUCACCACCAGAGAUUCUUGCCUGCACAUGAUCAUCAUCAUCAUGCUGGUGUGGCUGCUUCAACCCAGAAAUUCCCAGCUGUUCAUCAUUACCUUGGUUGUGACACUCGUGACAUUCUCAGGUUCUCUAAGUAGAAAGUGACGCACAUAUAUAUUUAUAUAUAUAUAUAUAUAUAUAGACCAAAACUCUCAUUUUCAUGGAUUAUAUACAUAUAUGAAGGGGGGAAUAUAUAUGUAUGUGUGGCUCCAUUAUAUUAUUAAGAUACUUGUUCAGAUUCUACUUUAGUUUGAUAUAUCUUAAUUCUUCUUUUUGAGUA